AUGAUCGGAACAUCUCUCGCCGAGUAUAUGUUUAUUCGUGCCUGCAUCCUAUUCCUACACAAUAUUGCCCCCACUAGUGCCUUGUUCACUAUUUGGCUGCUACUUCGCCCAUUUCUACCCCAAUCUAUUCAAUGCUAUCGCAUUCCCUUCCCUAUCGAAGUCUGGCUUGCGGCAGAGGCAGUAUUUUUUACUGGGGUCUUCCUACCACUCAGAUACAGCCUCCAACACUCUGCGAUCUAUCAUGAACCAAUGUCACAAGAGCAAAGAGAGAGGCUAUUUAGGUACUGCAAGAGCAAUUUAGGGGAUCCCAAGAAAUACUUCAGUCGCUGGCUUAUGGUCACAAAGAACGACCACAUAAAGCGCGAAAAUGUCAAAGAUUUUAUUAAAUGGGCGUUCUUUCAUCCUGGGCAGGUACAAGAACAUGAGCCUGAGGUUGAAGCCUACACGAGAGAUAUGGAGAAAUUGCUUGGAAGGGAGCUGCCAUCAGGAAAGAGCAAUGUGAAGGGUUUGGGACCAAUGCUGAAUGAGGUUGAUGGUUUGCAUCGUAGUCUAUUGUGGUACACUUGCGUGUCUCUGGUCGACGCUUGGAUGUAUUGCUCGAUGUUAUAUAAUGGGUUCCAUUUCCAUCGCACCUCUCUCCUGUGCUUUUUUACCCUAUUUCCCUUCCGUCCUCUCACGUUAUUCUCAGCUCACCGGUCACCGGUCAAGCAUCUCACAUACUGGCACCGACAGCAUAAAUCCAAAAUAAGGCUACCUGUGCUGUUCAUACAUGGAAUUGGUGUUGGACUCUACCCCUAUACAAAUUUCCUGCGAGAGCUUGCCAAAGAAUUGGCGAAUGACAGAGAUGACAAUGACGAGGUUGGGAUUAUCGCACUUGAGAUCAUGCCAGUGAGCUCUCGCAUAACUCACUCAGCACUAGAUAAAGAUGUUAUGACCCAGGAAAUCGUGAAGAUUAUCAAGCACCACGGCUGGACCAAAUUCGUCCUUGUCUCUCAUUCUUAUGGUUCCAUAAUUGCCACGCACCUCCUUAAAUCUGUUCUCGCCACUUUGUACGUUGGCCCUGCCGUCUUCAUUGACCCAAUCUCAUUCCUCCUCCAUCUGCCUGAUGUUGCAUACAACUUUACGGCCCGUCAGCCAGUGCGGGCAAAUGAGUACCAGAUAUGGUAUUUCGCAAGUAAGGAUAUAGGUGUUGCGCAUACGUUGGCGAGGAGGUUCUCCUGGAAUGAGAAUAUAAUCUGGAAAGAGGACCUUGGGCUGAACGAAAACAACAAUCAAGGAGGAAGGAAUGUUACGGUUGUUUUAGGUGGCAAGGAUUUGAUCGUGGAUGCUGAAGCGGUGGGACAAUACCUCAUGAGUUCUUCAUCAGAAGGAACUCUGACAGCGAGCAAAGAGGCAGCAUCUACUGGUAGUGAAACCAGAGAGACGCAAAAUGCAUGGAAAAGGAAGCCGUGGGUGGGUUCUGGGCUCGAAGUAUUGUGGUAUGAACAUUUGGAUCAUGCACAGGUUUUUGAUCGGGAGAAGACUAGGAGACCUGUUAUUAAGGCGGUAUCUGUAUACUCGAACAGAAGCUGAAACCAUGGCGUUUGGGAACUACAUUUAAAAUUGUGUGUGCAAUAUUAAGUCUGG